AAUCAUAUCAGGCUGUGCACCUAAAUUUGGGACUGAGACUAGAUUCCUCUUUGCUGUCACGAUGAGCUGUGGCACUAAGUCUUCAACUAGUAUCACUAAAAUUGGUGGUGGAGGCAGUGGUGGCGGUGGUGGUGGCGGUGGGGGAUAUGGUGGCGGUGGGGGAUAUGGUGGCGGAGGCGGUGGAGGAGGUGGCAGCAGUGGAGCCUGUAAGUCUGGUGGGUACUCCUCCGUCUCCAGUAGAAGGUACACCUCUUCUGGAGGAAGUGGAGGCUUUUCUGGGAGAAGCUUUGGUGGAGGAGGUUCCAGGAGCAGCUAUGGAGGGGGAUUUAGCAGUGGCAGUUGUGGAAGGAUUAGCCGCAGUACCUACGGUGGAAGAAUAAGCGGUGGUAGUUUCGGAGGAGGAAUUGGCAGUGGAAGUAUUGGGGGAGGGUAUGGAUCAGGUGGAGGUGGCUUUGGGGGAAUAGGAGGCGGUUAUGGAAGUAGCCUUGGUGGAGGUGGUUUUGGUGGUGGUGGAUAUAGUGGAGGUGGAUUUAGUGGCUUUGGGGGUAGUGGUGGCUUUGGUGGUGGUGGCCUUAGUGGUGGUGGCUUUGGUGGUGGUGGCUAUGGAGGAGGCAGCUUUGGUGGAAUUGGGUUUGGUGAAGAUUCCGGAUUGCUCUCCACAAAUGAGAAGCUGACCAUGCAGAACCUUAAUGACCGCCUGGCUUCCUACAUGGAUAAAGUGCGGGGCCUGGAAGAGGAAAAUGCUCACCUUGAACGUCUGAUCAGAGAGUGGUAUCAAAAGCAAGGUCCCACUGGUACCAAGGACUACAGCCAAUAUUAUAGAACAAUUGAAGAACUGCAAAACCAGAUUGUUGGUGCAAGUGUGGACCUUCACAAGAUCCUUCUCGACGUUGACAACGCCAGGAUGACUGUGGAUGACUUCAGACUCAAGUAUGAAACUGAGUAUAGUCUCCGCCAGAGUGUGGAAAGUGAUAUUAAUGGAUUACGUCCACUUUUGGAUCAACUGACUCUAGCCAAAUCUGACCUGGAGACAGAGUUUGAAUCCCUAAGAGAGGAACUGAUCUAUCUUAAGAAGAACCAUGAAGAGGAAAUGAGGGGACUGCAAACACAAUCUGGUGGCGAUGUCAAUGUGGAGGUCAAUGCUACUCCUGGCAUUAACUUGAUGGAAAAAUUAAAUGAAAUGCGUUCUGAAUAUGAACGGCUGAUUGAGAACAACCGGAGAGAGGUGGAAAGCUGGUAUGAAACCAAGAUGGAAGAAGUUAAUCAACAAGUCCACUCAAGUGGCCAGGAAAUACAAUCAAGCAACCAACAGAUCUCUGAGCUGCGACGUGAAUACCAAAGCCUGGAAAUUGAACUGCAGUCACAGAUCAGCAUGACAGAGUCUCUCCAGUCCAACUUGGAAGACACGGAGCGCCGCUACAACAUGCAGCUGCAGCAGAUCCAGGGUAUGAUCGGCCCCUUGGAGGAAGAGCUGGCCAGCAUCCGAUGCGAGAUAGAGAGCCAGAACGAAGAGUACAAGAUGCUCCUGGGCAUCAAGACCCGCCUGGAACAGGAGAUCGCUCAGUACCGGGCACUGCUUGAGGAGGGGCAACAUGACCUCGUCAUCCAAGGAGGAGGAAUAGGAGGAGGAAUAGGAGGAGGCAGAAUAGGAGGUGGUGGCUAUUCUUCUGGAGGAGGAAGAGGAGGAGGAGGUGGUGGCAUAAGUGGUGGAUAUGGAGGAGGUGGCAUUUCUUCAGGCGGUGGAAUAGGAGGAGGAAGUGGCGGAGGAGGAAUCGGAGGAGGAAUUGGAGGAGGAAGUGGAGGACUAGGAGGGGGCAGUGGGGGAGGAUCAUGUGGUAUUAUUGGAGGAGGAGGAGGAGGAGGAGGAGGAGGACUAGGAGGUGGAAGUGGAGGAGGAUGCGGUAGUAUUGGUGGAGGAGGAGGAGGAGGAAGGAUCUCAGGAGGCAUCAGCAGUUCCCACUCCUACUCUUCAUCUUCCCAGUCUCAGUCGUGCGGUGGUGGAACCCAAGGGUACGGAAGAAAGUCUUUUGACUAAGAACAUACGCCGAUGAUCCUACAGCACAAGACCCUGCAAACAGAAAUUUGCACAAAUCCUCUGCAUUCUCCACAUUCCGGAGGAGAAAGAGAUGCUCUUAACCAUUCCUCAGAGCUGCUGAUGCCAUCUAUCCAGAAAAGGCCCGUCAGAGCUGUUCAGAUGGACCGCCAUCCCACUCGCCCUGCACGCUAAGCGCUUCUUCCGCCUGUAAUGCUUUAUGGGUUCAAUCAUUGACAUUUGAACUGCAUGCUUUACAGAUUCAACCAAUUUGUUGGUUAUUCUGUAUCAUGAAAAUGUCUCCAAUAAAGCUUUAUUUCUGUCUGAUGCAACCAGAAA